UCUCCUGGGCCAUGGAGUGUGUGUGGGGUGGGGGUCCUGGCAGGGAUUUUGUAAGUGGACAGUCAGGUCCUGGAGCAAGACAGGUCAGCUGGAGCCACCUCUAGUCCCGUAAAAUGUUCCCAGGGCACACCCACGACUUAAAUGGGGGUGUGGGUUCAUCUGAACUACUUCCUGACCUAAUCGGACCCCAUCUUACUCUCGGCCCUCCCCCCCCCCCCAACCCCUCAGUAACUUGAGCCUCAGGAAUGCAUCCCGCCUCCUUAGUCUGUGGCCAAUCUCAGUUAUCCAAAGCCAGGAAAUAGAAACUUCUGAGAAUCGAAACUACUGGGGAAAGGAGAGUCUGAAACAGCCACCCCACACCAAACCGUGUCGGCUGCCGGUCAUCUUUGGGCACCAUGAACCAUACUUCCCAACACUUCUUCCCGCACGCCGUCACCGGCUCGCUCUCAACCUCUGAGACGCUCAAGGAGGAGCACGAGGGGGCCGCGCUGGGGGUGCCCCUCGGCCUGGUACCCCACAACUCGGUGCCCAUGACGUCCACCGUGAUCAACAUCCGCAGCGACACCUCCGUGCCGGACCAUGUCGUCUGGUCCCUCUUCAACACGCUCUUCAUGAACUUCUGCUGCCUGGGCUUCGUGGCCUUCGCCUACUCCGUGAAGUCUAGGGACCGGAAGAUGGUGGGUGACUUGACGGGGGCCCAGAGCUACGCUUCCACCGCCAAAUGCCUGAAUAUCACCGCCCUGGUCUUCAGCCUCCUGUUGGUCAUCACUUUAAUCAUUGGUCUUAUUACUCUCUUAAUGAGGAGAGCAGCUUAACAGAUGAUAAAGAACCGUCAACACUAUUAGUCGCUGCCCACUGCUGCAGCCCGAGCCCUCCCACUGCUGGCCCUGCAUCCUGCCUGUUGACCCCCACCCCCUUUUACAGCAGUUUUCACAUUUGUCUCUGUCUAUGAAUGAAUUCAAUAAAGUGCCUGUGUGUGUAACAGUGCUGUGACA